GCAUGCGAUUCUGCCAUGUCUUCUACUGUUGGCAUGGAUCAUGUUAGGGUCCAUCCUAAGUUUCUACAUUCAAAUGCAACCAGCCAUAAAUGGGCUCUUGGAGCCUUUGCCGAGCUUUGGGACAAUGCACUGGACGAGGCUUGCAAUGGAGCUACAUAUGUUAGCAUAGAUAUGUUGCAAAAUAAAAAAGAUGACAGCAAGAUGUUGGUAGUUGAAGAUAAUGGUGGAGGGAUGAGUCCGGAUAAAAUGAGGCAAUGCAUGUCUCUUGGAUAUUCUUCAAAAAGUAAAAUGGCAAAUACCAUUGGUCAAUACGGAAAUGGUUUCAAGACAAGUACUAUGAGGCUUGGCGCAGAUGUUAUUGUGUUUUCUCAAAGUCUUGGGACAGAUGGAAAAAGCCCAACGAGGAGUAUUGGAGUACUUUCCUACACAUUUUUGACAGAAACCGGGAAGGAGGACAUCGUAGUUCCAAUAAUUGAUUUUGAGCAAAAAGGACGGGAUUGGACCAAGAUGACUCGAUGUUUUGAGGAUGAUUGGAACAGAAAUUUGGAGACUAUAAUUCACUGGUCACCAUACACGUCUGAAGCUCAUCUACUUGACCAAUUCAAUUUUCUUAAAGAUCAUGGUACGCGGAUAAUAAUUUACAAUCUCUGGGAGGACGACGAAGGAAAGCUGGAGCUAGAUUUUGACACCGAUCUCCAUGAUAUUCAAAUUAGAGGAGUCAACCGUGAUGAAAAGAACAUAGAAAUGGCAAAAACAUUUCACAACUCCAGGCAGUUUUUAACUUAUCGACAUUCUUUGAGGAGUUAUGCAUCAAUCCUCUACCUCAGGCUUCCAACCAAUUUUACAAUGAUUUUGCGUGGCAAAGACAUUGAACAUCAUAACAUUGUCAAUGACAUGAUGCUCACUACAAAGAUAACAUACAGGCCUCAGAUUGUUUCUGGAAAAGCACCCAUAAGUUCUGAUAUGGUUGCAACUGUGACAAUUGGGUUUGCGAAGGAUGCACAACACCAUAUUGAUAUUCAAGGAUUUAAUGUGUACCACAAGAACCGACUUAUCAAGCCAUUUUGGAGGGUUUGGAAUGCAGCUGGAAGUAGUGGCCGAGGAGUGCUUGGUGUGUUGGAGGCCAACUUUGUCGAACCAGCUCAUGACAAACAGGGUUUUGAGCGAACUGUUGUGCUUUCAAGACUAGAGGCCAAACUUGUAGGAAUUCAGAAGGACUAUUGGUUUAAAAACUGCCAUGAAGUUGGUUAUGCACCCAGGAGGCCUACAAAGAGCUCUAUCUCAAAAGCUCCGAAUUUCGUUCCAUGUGUUGGAGAGAAGUCUUCUUUACAUCCAACUCAGAAAGAGCAGGGCUCCAUAAGCAAGGGUUGGAACAUGAAAUCUGGUAUUAAAGAGAAAUCUUGGGUUCCCAAUCAAAAUGGAUGUGGUACCCCUAACACUAUGGAUAAGUCUUCUUCACACCCAAAUAUAUAUGAGCAAGUUUUUAUUGGGGGAAGUUUUAGAACUCAAGUGGAUAAAAUGUUAGAACAAAGACCACUAGUAGAUGAAGCAAAUCAAGAUGGAAGCUCUACAAAGGGCGAAUCUCAUCAGCAUCCCACAUCGAAAACCAUGUCACAAAUUUCUCAUUUGAAGGCAGCAGAUAGCAACUGUGACUUGGAGAAUUUGAUUUUAAUCAAGUUGGAAGCAGAGAAUCAGGGCUUGAGGGAAAGAUUGAAUGAAGCGAACCGCGAUUUACAGUCCGAAAAAGAGAGAUGCGAAACACUUGAAUUGCAAUUUAAGCAAGAACAACAACGGAGUGAAGGGUUGGAGAAGGAGCAGACCGCUCUGAUUGAGAAUUUUGCGGAAGAAAGGAGCAGGCUACACAAGGAGGAAAAUAGAUUAAGGAAAAGUUUAAGGAAUGCUUCUACUACCAUAGAGGAUCUGCUUAAGAAGGUGAAGCAGCUUGAAAAGGGCGGAGUCGCAACCAUCAAAAAAGAAGAUUGAGAGUACAGUUUGCGAUUAUUGAGAAUUUCAAUUUCAAAAUUAUACAAAGUUGUACAACAAAACAGAUACAGAUGGAACCUUCUUUAAUUGUCUUUAAAAUUUAAUAAUUUACCGGAUCCUUGUUUAAAACAAGAAUUUUAUUGACAUUCCUUAAUUUGAAA